AUGGCGUACAUACCUCGGCCUGCCGACCUCUUGGAUCAAACUCGAUGCGAAUGCAAUUUCUCACGUAAGCAGCAGAUGCAUCAGCAUGGCCGCUACUCUGCCCUCUCAGUAGGUAUUUCAUUUGGGGGGGGACAAAAGCACCCACAGAAUCUUCACCACGAGGGUGCUGCAGCACAUGUCCUCGCCACCCUCCUCAACCACAUUGCCUUCAUAUGCCUAGCCCUUCUCCUCAGUGAUGACAGCCUUAUCCUCAACUUUGCCAACAGCAUUUUCUGUGCAUGCACGUUUAACUUUGGGCCCAAGACCGCUACCUUUGAACAUAUGGACUCGGGAAACCUACCCUUCGGUUGGUGCUCAGUAACGGUGCUCGGUCGCUUCAACCCCAAGCAAGGUGGUCACCUAAUCCUGUGGGACCUCAAGCUGGUAAUUGAGUUCCCCCCCGGAUCUACCAUACUAUUCCCAUCCGCCAUCCUCCGCCACUCCAACACACCCAUCGGCUGUGGGGAAACAAGGUACUCAUUCACGCAGUAUACAUCGGGGGGGUUGUUUCGCUGGGUGGAUCAGGGCCUUCAGUUGAUGAUGCACGAACAUGAUGCUGCCCUCAGAACUCACGCUGGGCGAUGGGCAAUGGGUCUUGGUUUGUACGCCUCUAUGCCUAUACUUAGGAAGGGUAACGCAUGA